AUGGAAAGUGAUGACGAGGAUAUGUUUGUGGACAAUUUAUCAGAUGUAUCGAAAGAUAGUGACAAUAUUGAAGAUAGUGAUAGGGAUGUUCUUUCAAGUGAUUCAGAAAGAGAUGAUGGUGUUGAGGAUGAAAGUGAUAAAGAAGAUGUGGAUGUAUGGACAGAAAUUGAUCAUGCACCAAAUUUAGAGCCAUUUCUUGGUAAAUCUCAAAUAAAUACUAUGCCAAAUGAUCCAAGCAGUAUUUGUGAAGUUGUUAGCUUAUUUUUCGGUGACGAUCUUUUUCAAUUUAUGGUGGACGAGACAAAUCGGUACCGUUUACAAAAUAGAGAUAAAAUGAGAGACAAUAAAAACUCCUUGCAAUGGAAGAAUAUUAAUAUUAUGGAAUUAAAACAUUUUAUUGGAUUGAUUUUGAUAAUGGGAUUAGUUCGAAAGGAUUCGAGAGAUGAUUAUUGGUCAACAGAUCCGACAAUUGAAACACCAGUUUUUUCAAAAGUAAUGAGUCGCUCUAGAUUUCGUCAAAUAUGGAGAACUUGGCAUUUCUGUAAUAAUGAGAACAUGAAUGAGACAUCAGAGAGAUUAUUUAAAAUUUCACCAAUACUAGAUUACUUUGUGUCAAAAUUUAAUACUGUUUAUAAACCACAACAAGAGUUAUCUCUUGACGAAAGUAUUAUACCAUGGCGUCGAGGAUUAUUCUCUAAAGUGUAUAAUGCAGGCAAAUUAAUAAAAUAUGGUUUAUUGGUCACAACGGUAUGUGAAGCCAGUUCAGGCUAUAUUUGUAAUUUGGAAAUAUGUACUACAAAGGGCACUAAAUUAAUUGACACUAUUUUGUCUGUUACAUCUCCAUUUCACAAUUUAUGGCACCAUAUUUAUAUGGAUAACUAUUAUAAUAAUGUGGAAAUGGGCAAAGUUCUUCUAAGUCACAAAAUUAGAAUUUGUGGUACUAUCAGAGCAAAUAGGGAAUUACCAAUAUCUUUAAAAAAUGUGCAACUUAGCCGAGGUGGCUUAUUGAAAGCCAUAAUAAAGAACGAAAAACUAGAAAUAAUAUUUACAAACCUGAAGCAGUCAUAG